AAAACUCCAAAAUUUCAAUCAGCCAUCUACACCAUAUAUCUCCUCCUCUAAAUAUGCUUAGACGGUGUCGGUGAUCUCCUCCUCCGCUCAGAUUUUUUAGCCUUCGAUUUUUUUUAUUUCCUUUUGUUCUUUAAAGAUCCGUUUCACUGGUUUUCGGAUCUAUUUUUUUUUGCACCGAAUCCGAUUCAGAUCGGAUAAAAAAUGGCAGCAUCGAGACGAUUACGUGAUCUCCAAUCGCAGCCGGGUAACAAGACUUGCGUCGAUUGCAAUCAAAAGAAUCCUCAAUGGGCAUCGGUUUCGUACGGGAUCUUCAUGUGUUUGGAGUGUUCCGGUAAACACCGUGGUUUAGGUGUUCACAUCUCGUUCGUCCGAUCUGUUACUAUGGAUUCGUGGUCUGAGAUCCAGAUCAAGAAAAUGGAAUCGGGUGGCAACGAACGGCUUAACGCCUUUUUGGCUCAGUAUGGGAUCCCUAAAGAAACGGAUAUUGUUGCUAAGUAUAAUACUAAUGCCGCGAGUGUUUAUCGAGAUCGGAUUCAAGCUUUAGCUGAAGGUCGUCCGUGGCGGGAUCCACCGGUUGUGAAAGAGAAUCUCAACGGAGGUGGUAGUGGUGGUAUUAGGAAGCCGCCGUUGAGUAGUGGCGGUGGUGGUGAUAGGAGAAGUAAUUUUGCAGGGGAUAAUGGAGGGUGGGAUAGUUGGGAUAAUGAUGAUUCGUUUAGAUCUAGUAGUGAUAUUAAGAGGAACCAAUCGGCGAGUGAUUUUAGAGGAGGGAGUUAUCAUAAUGGUGGUAGAACGGGAGGUGCUCCUGUGAGGUCGAAGUCCACGGAGGAUAUGUACACGAGAUCUCAAUUGGAAUCCUCGGCGGCUAAUAAGGAGAGCUUUUUUGCGAGGAAAAUGGCGGAGAACGAAUCCAGGCCUGAAGGUUUACCACCUUCUCAAGGAGGGAAAUAUGUUGGGUUUGGAUCGACUCCCAUGCCUACCCAAAGGAUUAAUAAUAGUUCUCAGGGUGAUGUGUUCUCUGUUGUUUCUCAGGGGAUUGGGAGGUUAUCUUUGGUAGCUGCAUCCGCUGCAAAUGUUGUCCAAGCAGGGACGAAGGAGUUCACCUCCAAGGUUAAGGAGGGUGGCUAUGAUGCCAGGGUUAAUGAAACGGUUGGUGUUGUCACUGCAAAGACGAGUGAAAUUGGCCAGAAGACUUGGGGCAUGAUGAAAGGAGUCAUGGCAAUAGCUUCACAGAAGGUUGAGGAAUACACUAAAGAUGGCAUGAACUGGAAAAAUGAUGGUAACUGGCAACGAAACGAUAGCGAGAAGAAUGGAUAUUAUCAGGAGUUUAAACAGGAGAAUAAGGGAUGGAAUUCUACUUCUGGUGGACAAACCUCCUCUGGUGUAAAUUAUAAUUCUUAUAACUCAAAUUCUUGGGAUGAUUGGGACACAAAAGACAAUAGGAAGGAACAUACUACAAAAGUGACUGCUUCUCAUAGCAAUGAUGGUUGGGCUGGUUGGGAUGACCCCAAGGAUGAUGGAUAUGAUAGUUUCUAUAAUGGUGCAUCUGAUAAAAAUGCCGUUGGUCGCAAUGGAAAAUCAGAUGCCGCAUGGACUGGUGGAGGCUUUCUUUAAGUAUAGGGACUGAAUUGAUUCAUUUGAUUUAGUCUUCACAAUGUGAUGGUGUUUCGUUUGAGUUCCAAGGCAUAAAUGCGACUACUUUGAUGUGUGGGCAGGUUGGUGAACUUGAACUACAUUAAUGAGAAUCGUACCCACAAAAGGUAAUUUAGAGCACAAUGGAUUCCUUAAGGGAUAAUGAUAUUAAAUUUCAUGAAGUUCGUAUACCUUUUAGCAAUUUACCCCUUUUUCUUAUGUAUCUAUCUUUGAAAUUUUCACAAAGUAAUAUCUGGAGCAACUUUCAUGUUUGAGAGUAGUUUUAUCAUAUUUGUAAAACUGUGGACAGAAAGGGCUAAGUGUCCAAUUGGAAAGCAGUAUUUGUGAGUGUGAGAAAACAGUAUUUGUGACAUGAAACUUAGUAUCAUUUGUUCUUAAUCAUGAUUAUUUUUUUAUCC